AUGGAAAAGUCAUGCGAAGAAGAAUGUGAAGUGAUUGGCACGGUGCAUAUCAAAGACGGACUUGAACUGAAUUCUUUAAUUGAAGCUGGAGCCAUUUUUGAAAUUUCCAAUGUAGAUAAUCAGAUAGAAGAUUUAGAAUCAAAUUAUGCUUGCUAUGAUUCUGAAGGAAGGAAUUUUGAUACUAUUGAGGUUGACAAUGUAAAUAAGGAACAAAUACCUGGCUUCAUCAGUAAUUCCUUUGAUGAACUAGUAAAAGAUUUUGUAGCUAUAACUGACGAUGGAUUAGUUUUGAAACAAGUUGUAAAACAAAGUUUUGGAACUGCCAUCUCACCACUGUCCAAUGUAACAGGUAGCGGCAACACAAUAGAAGGCUUUGAAGUUGCAGUUGCGAGCAUGAAGAAAAGAGAAGUAUCAAGGUUCCUCAUAUGUCCUGAAUAUGCUUACGGAAGCAGAGGCUGUCCUCCUCGUAUACCUCCAGACGCCAUUUGUAUGUUUCAUUUUCUUUCCGGCCUUUAUAUAAUAGAAGUUUUAGAUUUUACUGCUCCUGGCGAUGUCAAAGAUGAGUAUUUCUCUUUGCCUGUGAUAGCAAAGAAGCAUUUCCAUAAUAACAAAUUUUAUUUGGCUUUGAAGUUUUAUUCAAAUGCCUUAAAUAUUCUUCUGGAUCAUAAUUUGAAAGAUGAGAUCGAAGAAAAUUCGAUAAAACCGGAAAUGAUAAAGUUGCAUACUAAUAUGGCUCUGUGUCAUUUGAAGUUGAGACAGUCAGUUCGAGCAAUUCACCAUUGCAAUGAAAUAUUCAAGCUACAAGAUGGCAACAAUGUUAAAGCUCUCUAUUUCAAGGGCAAGGCUCUGAAACAGGUUGGAGAAUUUAAAACUGCAAUAUCUUAUUUAGAGCGUGCUAACCGUUUAAAACCCAACAAAAGAGAAAUAUUAACUGAAUUAGAAAAGGCCAACAGGAAUUACAAUAUAUUUCGUUCUUGCAUUUUGAAUUGUGAGAAUGAUAUGAAAAAAGGCAACCAAUGGUCGAGUGAAAAGGAAUUCGUAGCAUCGAUUGAGAGCAGCAUCAAGUCAUUCGUAGCGGACGAGGAGAUUAUGGAAUUGCCACUUCCAGCAUUCCAGUUCAAAGCUGAACAAAUUCAAACCUUAAAAGAUAUCGCAAACAAACACGAUCUUUUAGUAGAAGAAACUAUAAAUACGAAGGGCAUCAACAUAAUCCACGUGCACAAGAAGUUUAAAGUCACGUGCGUUGACAGAAGCGACCAUGAAAAAUAA